UCGGUCACUCGUCUGCUUCUCCUCCAUUAAAACCAAGGACCUUCGUCGACGAUGAUGGAGUGGUAAAUAAGCAUGGCCGUGGGGCCUUCUAACUCUUUUAACGGAGGAGGUAGAGGGCUAUGAGGUUAAUUCUGGGCAGUUUCUUCUUCAGGAGUUAGCAACGUGGCUGCUGUAAUGAAAACCUCGACAACUUACCACCUCCUGGCUUUCACCUUCUGCUGUCUCACAGUUUUGGUUAGGGCACAAAACGCACUAUGCCCUUCUGGUUGGAAGAUUGGACCAAGUAAGAAUAAGUGUUUUGAAUUUGUAGCAAGCUCCCGAUCUUGGGACAAAUCAGAGUCUCAAUGUGGGUAUAACCAUGGGCACUUGGCAGCAUUGACAUCGACCGAAGAACUAUACUUCGCAAGAAAGCUAUGCCCUGAAACUGUCAAUGGCUGCUGGGUUGGAGGAAGAGGCUUCAGUUCUACAUCUGGUUUUGGUUGGAAGUGGUCGGACAAUAUGUCACUUUGGAAUGCGUCAAUCUUCCCUGAGGCACCAUUUCGUUCCAAUUGCUUGAAUUCAUCAUGUCAGAACAUUACCCCAAUUGAUUCCUGUACUUUGGUGACCAAUGGCCACGUGCCCCUUGUGAUCGAGAAAUGCAACAUAUCUCAUGAUUUCAUAUGCAUGCUUGAUGUAGACACAAAAUGUCACCACAAGCUCUGCCAUGUGGAAUAUUUUAUCAUCCUUGCAACUGUUAGUGGGUUGAUACUCUGCACGACAUUGGUUGUCGUGAUUUGGCUCCUCGCAUGUAGGCGGAGCAAGAGACGUAGAAGGUCACGCAAAGGAUCUAAUCCUUCAACAUCUGCAUUAGUUCCACCAUCAUGGAGAGUCUUCACAAUUGAGGAACUAAGGUCACUUACAAAGAAUUUUAGUGAAGGAAAUCGUCUUCUUGGGGAUGCCAAGACAGGUGGCACAUAUAGUGGGCUUCUAACUGAUGGUUCAAGAGUAGCAGUCAAGAGAUUGAAGAGGUCUAGUUUUCAGAGAAAGAAGGAAUUUUAUUCUGAGAUUGGAAGAGUUGCAAGGCUUCGUCAUCCUAAUCUUGUCGCAGUGAAAGGAUGCUGCUAUAAUCAUGGUGACCGCUAUAUUGUUUAUGAGUUUGUUGUGAAUGGACCCCUGGAUAGAUGGUUACACCACAUACCGAGAGGAGGGAGGAGCUUGGAUUGGUCUAUGAGGAUGAAAAUUGCUACAACACUUGCACAAGGAAUUGCAUUUUUGCAUGACAAGGUGAAGCCACAUGUUGUGCACCGGGAUAUCCGUGCCAGCAAUGUAUUGCUGGAUGAAGAGUUUGGAGCACAUAUAAUGGGGGUUGGUCUCUCAAAGUUUGUUCCCUGGGAAGUGAUGCAUGAAAGGACAGUGAUGGCUGGUACAUGUGGAUACCUAGCACCAGAAUUUGUUUACAGAAAUGAGCUCACAACGAAGAGUGAUGUUUAUAGCUUUGGAGUGCUUCUGCUUGAACUCAUUAGUGGUCGUAGGCCCGCCCAGGCAGUUGAUUCUGUCAAUUGGCAGAGUAUAUUUGAGUGGGCCACCCCUCUUGUGCAGGCCCACCGAUACCCAGAGCUUCUGGACCCUCUCAUAACUGACAUUCCUGAAGUUGGGGUUGUACAAAAGGUGGUGGACCUUGUAUAUGCUUGCACUCAGCAUGUGCCAUCAGUGCGGCCAAGGAUGUCACAUGUUGUCCAUCAGUUGCAACAAUUAGGAUUAAAAACUGCCUCUGAAAAGUCUAGGAUUGGAACAAGCACAAGCUCUAGCACUACCUCUCGGAUGCAUGUUUUUGAGAUGGAGGGAAACAAUGCGUAAGAGACAAACUUCUUUACUUAGGACUUAGGAUUAGCUCAUACUUGUUUGUACUCUUUUUUAUGGAAGUGUAGUGAAUUAUUCUAGUGCUUAUUAA